AUGGAUACCGUUUCUCUACAACGCAUGUGCGAUUCCCUGUCUUCGCCCACACCACCAGGCGACCAGAACGAGAUCAUUCCCGAGUCUAUCGAGCCGUCGGAGAAUGUCCAAGUGUCUGACAGUCCCGAUAUUGGAGAUGAGGAUUGUACCAUUGACCGCGUAGACGGUACGAUAGUCCAUUACUCAGGCGAGUUCUCUCAUUGGAACUUUUCCAUGCAUAUCAAACGCAAUAUAGACGAACUCAUGGCCAAAGCCAAUGUGCAGAAUUUAGAAAGCGUAACGCGAGUACCGGAUUUCAUUCGCGUUGGUGAGGCAGAUCCAACUUCAACUUCCAUCUCGGACAUCCUCGCUGUUAUGCCACCCCGUCCUGUUGCCACCUUCUUGACCAAUGUCUUCUUCAAGCAUGCCACCAGCGUCUACUACUAUGUAGACCGACGCUGGUUUGAUGAAACCCUAGACAACAUAUACACCAAACCGGUCUCGCUACGCUCUAAAGAUGUUACUGCAAUAUGUGUAGUACUGAUGGUGCUGGCAGUCGGAACUCAAUAUGUCCAUUUAGAAUCGCCCGAUCGUCAUAAGACUUCCAGCACGGACCUUGCAACAGACUCCGAAGUUCAGAGUAGUUGGGAGCUCGAAAUUGGAUCCGGCUUUUACCGUCAAGUGGCAAAGCUACUUUCGGAAGUCAUCCAUGCUGGCUCGCUGCUCAGCGUCCAGGUACUCUUGCUUCUCGGCCUAUAUUCCUUACCCAUUGAUGCAUCUGGGCUGAGUUACAUCUAUCUAAACUUAGCUAUCAAGGUGGCCAUACAGAACGGGAUGCAUCGAAAGGUUUCGCGCAACGUCCUCGAUCCAAGAACCAAGGAGAUCAGACGUCGCAUUUGGUGGACAGUGUACUGCAUGGAAAGAAAGAUUGGUAUAUACCACGGCCGCCCGAUAUCCAUCGUACAAGCCGAUAUCGAUGCAGAUCUACCUCAGAGCUCUGAAGCACGUCUUGUGAACGAUGACUCUUUCUAUCCUCAAGGUCUCCUGGAAUCAAUCAAGCUCACAAGGCAUGCUGAGGCAUUCCUCCACGAAAUAUCAUGUCUCCGAAAAUGUGCAAAUGCCGAAGUCGGGGCGAUCCUGAACCGUAUCAAGCGCAUGAAGGCAGAUUUGCGAGGGCCUUGGGCACCUCCUCACGGGAGUGCAUUAUCGCCAACCCCGAACCACCAGACAGAGCUACCAAAAAACCGCGCAUUAAUCCAUACUCGACUGGAGUGUUGCCUGUUGCACAUGUUCAUCGGACGACCCUUCAUCCUUGCGCACCGUCACGCGCGGUCCAGUGAGCAUUCCAAAGACGGCAAGGCCGCAUCCCCAGAAGUACGCCGGAGGAAAGCAUCAGAGUCCCGCUCACAGUGGGACUUCUUGGUCCAGGAUUGCGUUGCGGCUGCGAAGGAAGUUAUCAGUAUAUGCCAAAUCAUGCAGACGGGCGAUAUGGGCCUUGCAAAGUCGUCCUAUGCCGAGUAUAGUUCCUGCCGCGCGUCCUUGCUGGUCUUGAUCGCCUAUAGCAUAUGUUACCGUACGAACGAGUUCGCAAGCACCCUACAAGUAGGUCUCCAAGCGAUAAGAGAAAUGGCUUCUGCGGGCGAUUCUGCGCGUUCAGAAGUGUCGCUCCUAGAGACACUAGAAGCGGCGCUGCAUCGACUUAACGUGUUCAAUCCAUUACCAAGUAAACCUGUGGCCACGGAAGCCAACGAUCCGGUUGAAGAGGGCUACAACGGUCUUCUUAACUGGUACAAGAAAGCGGAAAGGUCCACGAAUCCUCGUUUUGGGUCUUCAGCAUCCGAACAUGCAAAUAUACAAGCAGCGACGGUGCAAGGCCCAAGGGUGACACCAAACAAAGCCGAUGCAACAGUGGAUAGCAUGCCAAGCGACAUAUCUCUUGAUGGAUAUCCGUUCGAUUUUGAUCUACUCAACUCAGAUGGAAGCGUGGCGUUCUUCACUUCGGACUUUGAUAACCAUGGUAACACAGAGAGGGAGUUCUUCGAGAGCCUUUCAUGGCUACCGAAAUGA